CCCUGCCUGGCCGCCUGCGCCCCGGGGAGGCUGCCCGCGCGCGACGGGACCAGCAGCAUGAGCAGCGGCUACAGCAGCCUGGAGGAGGACGCUGAGGACUUCUUCUUCACCGCCAGGACCUCCUUCUUCAGGAGAGCGCCCCAGGGCAAGCCCCGCUCCGGCCAGCAAGAUGUGGAGAAAGAGAAGGAAACCCACAAUCACCUCAGCAAAGAGGAAAUCAAAGAGAAAGUUCAUAAGUACAACCUGGCAGUCACAGACAAGUUGAAGAUGACCUUGAAUUCAAAUGGGAUUUACACUGGCUUCAUUAAAGUACAGAUGGAACUCUGCAAACCUCCACAGACUUCUCCCAACUCUGGAAAACCCGCUCCCAGUAGCAAUGGCUGUAUGAACACGCUUCACAUCAGCAGCACGAACACUGUUGGGGAAGUGAUCGAGGCCCUGCUCAAAAAGUUUCUCGUGACUGAGAGCCCUGCCAAGUUUGCACUUUAUAAGCGUUGCCACAGGGAAGAUCAAGUCUACGCCUGCAAGCUCUCUGACCGGGAACAUCCACUCUACCUGCGUUUGGUAGCCGGGCCAAGAACAGACACACUUAGUUUUGUUCUCCGUGAACAUGAAAUUGGAGAGUGGGAAGCCUUCAGCCUUCCAGAACUACAGAAUUUCUUGCGGAUCUUGGACAAGGAGGAAGAUGAGCAGCUGCAAAACCUGAAGAAGCGCUAUGCGGCCUACAGACAGAAGCUGGAAGAAGCCCUCAGCGAGGUGUGGAAACCCGAUUAAAGUGCGGGGCUCCCUGUCACCCAGGGAUGGUGCAGGACCCUGUCACCCAGGGCUGGUGCAGGACCAGCAGCAAAGGUCUCUUCUCGGAGGGCUGUUUUCUUGCCCUGUGAUGCGAGGGUCUUCCCCUUUUUAUCUCUAGAUUUAGUUCUCCAAACUUGGUCACGCAACAUCCUGCACGUUUGGCAUCUUCUGUAAGGGAUUCUGCAAGCUUGUUCUGUUACAGACUGCGGUGUUACCUCUCGGCAAGCUGUGAAUCUGUCGUCUCAUCUGGAGCAUUCUAGAGUGCUUUGAAGCAUGGACUCUGGGUUUUCGUUUUCUUAUUUUCUUUUAGUUAUUUGAAUUAUGUGAUGAUGAUGUUAAGCUUAAGGAUGUGCAAAUGAUUUUUUUAAAAGCUUAACAAGGAACCUGUCUGAACACUUGUCUUAUGUUGAAACUACCUGUCUCUCAUUUUUUUUUUUUUUUUUUUAAUAUCAGAGGGAACAUCCACGUGAAUUGAAGGGCACAGGAAGCUAGGAACUCUGAGGAAUUUGUGAAGGAUUUUGGAGGAACUUGACAAAGAAAGUAAAAGGCAGGUUUGGAAGAAGGAGUGGGUGGAAGUGGGGGGCACUCUGAGGGAUGGCGGUUUGGCUGACGAGUCGAUGGUGGAGAGAGAAAGGUAUAUUUGCUUGUAAGGGAGUUAAAAACAUUGAGUUUUGAGUCAUUGAUCCCACUAUAGGACUGUUUGAUUUCUUCGUGAGUAAAAUGUGGGAAUGGAGCCAAAGAAAGUAGGAGCUAGACCAAAAAGGAGGGACUUGUAAUUGCAGCUGACUAGAAAAGCCGCUUUUAGGCAGGUGGGUCUUCCAGACCUAGGCGGAGAGCUGGAGCUGCCCUCGGUGGACCGCCCCCCCCAGGAUUCGCCUUCCAGGAGUGGAAAGUCAGUGGGAACAGCUUCUCUGGGCGGGUGGAGCAGUGACCAUUUGCUGACUCCUGCUAAGUUAUAGAUUUUCCCCAAGGUGGUUUUCAAAGCCGAAAAGGAGUUCGGGUAAGGGCAGCAGUUUCUCCCUGAUUGUUAGCCGGGAGGUUUGUCCAGUAAAGAGCUCACAGCACACCUUUAUGCCAGUCACUCCCUCCAUUUCCCCCAUCCCCCACUUCCCUCUCCCUGUCUCUUCUUUUCCGACUCCUUUUCUCUUAUAAAUCGAAGUCUGUUCUUACAUAAUGGAGAAGAGGGAUAUGGAUUAAAGACCUAGUACUAUCAGACCCUCAGUUCCAAAGGGGGACUAGACUGUAAGGAGGAGGGCAGCAGGAAAGGGAGGAAAGAAAGUCCACCCCCAGUUGACCAGAGGGACUCGUAGAAAUAUUUUAACAAAAGUGCACGUUCCUGGUAACCAAAGAAAUGCAUGUGCAAUAGAAACCUUCCUUAAAGCAGGUUAAAUAACCUCAUUUUAUGCAGCAGCUAAUCUGAAAACAAUGGGAAAGGUGUGCUGUGGUUCUAGAGGGGGAUUUACAGUCUAUUUUUAGUCUAGAUAUAUAUUUUUUUGUUUAUAAAUUCCCAAGGAAUUGUUAACACUUUGGUGACACCUAAUGGAUUCUUUGUGAAAUUCCAAGGUGCUUCAGUUCUUUGCCUUUUAAGUGAACUGUGCCUUUCAUUGCAUUUCUCUUUACCUCUCGGGGGCGCUUCUGACUUGUCAGAGAACACCUGUCUUGUUGGAGGCAGAUGUAAGUGUUGGUUAUGCUGUGCCACACACGUUGAAACAAUCAUAUCUUCCUAAGCUUUUUAAGGAAAGUUGGGGAAAAAAAGUAAAACUAGGUAUAAAAUAUGUAUGGCACAUCUUGUUUAAUUUUGCAUGUAACUUCUUUUUGGUGCAUUGAUGAGGUUUUAGUGUCAUUGUCAUCCAACACUUUACCUUUAUUGUUCAGGGAAUGCCUUCAUGGUUUUUAUACUGGUUUUACUAUUCAGACUAUGGCUCGGGUUUGAGUAUACUAUUACCAACCACUUGGUCUUUUAAUUACCCAUCCCAAUAAGCUUAUAUUUUGUGAAGCCUUUGUUUCUCAGCUUAAGACACUGUUAGAACCUAAACUAGUAGCUGAUGGGUAUCUGUGAAUUUUUUUUUUUUUUUUUUUUAACUUGAAGUAGAUUGUCUAAAAUAGGCAUCCUGACCUGUAUUAUCCAGAACCUCGCUCAUUGUCGUGUGCACUACAAGUUGCAAUUUGGAAAACUUACUGUACUGAAAUUCUGUCAGUUCGUGGUUCUUGAAGACUGAUGUUCUCUCCCAAACACUGGUUACUGCAGCGGCAUUGUUGAUGUGUAAAAGAAGGAGGGCCACUAAGGCCACAGAUUUUUAAAAAUCAUUGUACAAAUUCUUAUGUUAAAUUAAACUAAGCUUUGCUGUAAUACUGUUUUCUCUUCGAUAUGUGAUGGUACAGGAAUGAUGUUAAAUGAAGGGGUAAGUAUUGCAGGGGAGCAUUUUAAAUCACAGACAUAAAAAAGUUAUAAUAUUUAUAAUUUUGAUGAGUUUAUUUUUAUAGGGAAGAUUUUUUUCUUCCCUGAAAUUGUUUUUGGAAUGGCAAUUUGUUUCCAUUAUUAAAAGUCGAUGUUGUUAGUUGA